AUGGCUACUUUUUUGUUGCCUGUGCAGCCAAAUGGACGGACUGUUGAAGUGGCUGAGGAGGAGGUUGUCCGAACUCCUCGAAGUGUAACAGCAAAGCAGCCGUUAGAGACAGAUAAGAAAAAUGAAAAGUCAAAGAAAAAUAAGAAGAAAUCAAAGUCAGAUGCUAAAGCAGCACAAAACAGUUCACGCCAUGAUGGAAAGGAAGUUGAUGAAGGAGCCUGGGAAACUAAAAUUAGUCACAGAGAGAAACGACAACAACGUAAACGUGAUAAGGUGCAGACUGAUUCAGGUUCACUGGAUUCAACUAUCCCUGGGAUAGAAAGUACCAUCACAGUUACCACCGAGCAACUUACAACUGCAUCAUUUCCUGUUGGUUCCAAGAAGAAUAAAGGUGAAUCUCAUCUAAAUGUUCAAGUUAGCAACUUUAAGUCUGGAAAAGGAGAUUCUACACUUCAGGUUUCUUCAGGAUUGAAUGAAAACCUCACUGUAAAUGGAGGAGGCUGGAAUGAAAAGCCUGUAAAACUCUCCUCACCGAUGAGUGCCGGUGAGGAGAAGUGGAACUCUGUCUCACCCACUGCUGCUGGCAAGAGGAAAGCGGAGCCAUCCGCCUGGGGUCAAGACACGGGGGAUGCUAAUACGAACGGAAAAGACUGGGGAAGGAGCUGGAGUGACCGUUCAAUAUUUUCUGGCAUCGCUGCUUGGUCUAGUGUGGAUAGGGGAAUGAAUACCUCUGAACAGAAUUCUGCUUCUUUUGCAUCUCUCACACUUAACUCUGCUGUUUCUGGGUCUACCGCUGAGCCAGUUUCUCAGGCUACCACUUCUGAUUAUCAGUGGGAUGUUAGCCGUAAUCAGCCCUAUAUCGAUGAUGAAUGGUCUGGGUUAAAUGGUCUGUCUUCUGCUGACCCCAGCUCUGAUUGGAAUGCACCAGCAGAAGAGUGGGGGAAUUGGGUAGAUGAAGAAAGAGCUUCACUCCUAAAGUCCCGGGAGCCAAUUCCUGAUGAUCAAAAAGUCUCGGAUGACGAUAAAGAAAAGGGCGAGGGCGCCCUGUCCUCCGGGAAGCCGAGGAAGAAGAAGAAGAGGAGGCGGAAGCAGGGCGAGGACAGCUCCCCCGCACAGGACCCAGAAGAAUUAGAAAAAGAGAUUAGAGAAGAGCUUCCAGUGAAUACCUCUAAAGUCCGUCCAAAACAGGAAAAAGCGUUUUCUUUGAAAACAAUAAGCACUAGUGAUCCAGCAGAAGCAAUCAUCAAAAAUAGCCAGCCUGUCAAGACUCUUCCACCUGCUGUUUCUACCGUGCCAUCUAUUAUUUUAUCAAAAAGUGAUUCUGACAAGAGCUCUUCCCAAGUGCCACCGAUGCUACAAGAGUCAGAUAAAUCCAAGUCAAAUACUAAGCAAAAUAGUGUGCCUCCUUCACAAACCAAGUCUGAAACUAGCUGGGAAUCUCCCAAACAGAUAAAAAAGAAGAAAAAAGCCAGGCGGGAAACGUGAAUUUUCUUUUCCUGAAUUGGACAUGUGUUUGCAAACACUGUCUUGAAGAUUAUGCUGUUUAUGCAAUAAUUUGUGAACAUGUACAGAGUUUUAUAUAAAUUUAAACCAAUUUUUAAAACAAAACUGUGAACAACGACCAUAAAAAUGGAAUCAAAGGAGAGUUAAUUUAUGAAAUUAAGAGGUCAGCAGAAUAUACUACAAGCUGGAAGACACUUGGGGAAAGUCUUUUCAAUUUAAUGAGAACGAUCUUAAUUUAAGAAUAUUAUCCUGGUUUUACAGCAGUGCCCUGUUUACAACAGAUCAUGCCCUGUCUCAUCUGCAGCCGAAGAGUAAGGAUGCUGAUUAGAGAGAGGUGCCUGCAAGUCCGUAGGCAGCUUCCUGGAUCUUAUGCACAGAACUUACACCAUUUGAAUCUGUUUUAUGCUUAAAGUGCUUUGAUCAAAUGCAUAAUCUGCCAUAUCUUUACAUAUUUGUUGGUAGCAAUUUGUAUUAAAGGAAUCACAAGUGCAAAUAAAAAGUCAUCAUUUAUUUAACUAAACUGUCAUGGUUUAGUUUACAAUUUUUAAAAUUCUUAAUUAAAACAUUGAAAAUGCAGUUGACACGACGUAUGAACUUAUUUUUGAUAGUCUUACAUUACUUGAAUUGUUCAAAGUACCAUGUAUUUUAAAUUAAGAAUGGUAAACUAUAUGUACUUGUUCAAUACUUUUAAAGAUGAGACUCAAAGAAUGCUCUUGUUUAUGAUUUGAAAACUUUCAGGCAAAAUGCAACUUCUGUUUUUUCUUUCCCUAGCAGUUACUUGUUUUCCAGCGCCAUCUCUUCAUUACGAACACUUUUUUGACUAUAAAAAUGAAAUCUUUCACAAACUAGUUCUAUAGACAGAACUCUGAGUAUAUGAUGGAGAAUGAACAGCUAGAGUCAGACAGCUUUAAUUGACAUUGUCAAGACCUCCAGUUAUCAGGAAUACAUUUUUUUACUGCCUUAACCUGUAGUGCGUAGAAUAUGCAUCAAUUUCUUGAAGGGGAUUCGUGUUUUUAUAAGAAUUUUCAUGUAAUUAUUGCAAUCAUGGUCAAAUAAGGAACGUUUCCUGCUUGAAACUGUAUUGAUUUAAAUGCUGUGUGAGCUGUUUCACCAUUUUCAGGCACUGUGUAACUAUUGUACUAAACUGGCAGGUAUCUUUGUAACUAUAAAUAGUGCAUGCUCAGCCAUGUACACUGUAAAUAGCCUUUACCAAACGUGUUUGACAAGGACCAUAAUUAACAUCACUUAGUGAAUUGUGAUAAAGAAAAAAAGCCAUGAUUUAUUUGAUGUGAUUGGCUUGUUUUUAUGUGGCGCCAAGAAUGAAACUGUUUAGCUGUAACCAAUGGUACUGAUCUAUCCAUCCAAUGUUGUCUUUAUUAUAUUUGAUUGUGGUUUGAUAGUAUUGCAUUGUCGGUCUAGGAAAGCUAAAGAAACAAAAUGGUUUUAGUUUUGCUGAAGACUGGCCUUAUUAAUGGACAGCUUUCCUAACAAUCGAUUAUUAACUCUUAUCAGGUGUUAACAUCUGUUUCAGGAACAUGGCAGUAAGUUUACAUGUCAGACGUUUUGUUUAAUUCUAUGAUAUUUCUAAAUUGAUUUGUUUAAAUAAAUUCAGCAAACGGGUA